AAAAUGGCGGAGGUGGAUUUCGGCGAUAGAGAACUUUUCGAGCAGUUGGAUGAUGCUGCUCCGUCUGUCAACACUCACAUUCGCUUCACAGAGGAGAAUGAAAAGGAGAGCGAGCUGGGGGUGCUCCGAAGCAGGCUGGAGGAGUCGGAUAGCCUUAUUCAGAAACUUACUGAAGAAAAUAAAGGAUUGAGAAGAAAUCUUAAUGUCCUGAUGCGUCCUAGUGGUGUUACAGUGGACGAUGUGAAUGUGGACGGACCUGUUCUUCAAAUCCUCUAUGCCAAUAAUCUGAUCUCAAAGAAGUGCCGUCAAGAAAUUGAAGAUGCCAUCUGCAGCAUCAUAGUAAAGAAUCAGAAAAUUGGGUCCUCCAUCUACUAUCUAAAAGCACAGCCUUCUGCGUUUGCUUUGGAAGAGGAUCCACACAUGUUAAAUUUUACCAAUGUAAAAACUACAUCAGAAUCGUUCAAAAUUGUUGGAAGUGUUCAACAUUUUACUACAUUUAGUGUGGACAAACUUGGACAGCCUCUUCUGAAUGAAAACAGUUCGAUGACUGACGGAUGGGAGGUGCCAGUUUACCAGCAAAUUUUCAAUCAAGUCAUUGGCACAAAUGGGCAAGAUAUAGAGAUGAAAGACAAAAGACCCAAGUCCAUGUGUUUCAACUGUGGGUCUGUUGGACAUCAGCUGAGAGACUGUCCCAAGCCUAAAGAUAUGGCAGCAAUAAAUGAGAGAAGAAAGGAGUUUAAUCAGAAUAGCAACCAAGCCAUGCAGGGUAACCGUUACCACGCAGACGAGGUGGAGGAACGCUUCUCCAAAUACAAGCCUGGAAUCAUGAGUGAAGAGUUGCUGUCUGCUCUGGGCAUCGACAACUGCUCACUGCCUCCACUCAUCUAUCGCAUGAGGCAGCUGGGAUAUCCACCAGGUUGGCUUAAGGAGGCGGAGAUGGAGCACUCUGGACUAGCCCUGUACGAUGGCAAUGUUUCAAAUGAUGGCAGUUCGACAGAAGACCCGCUCAGAGUCUCAUAUGAUGUGUCAAAGCUAGUAGAUUUCCCCGGAUUCAAUGUAGCCACGCCUCACAAAAUGAAAGAUGAGUUCAUGCAUUAUGGCUCUGUUCCAAUACAAAGCAAUCACAUGAAGGAAAACUACGCUGCAUACCUGUCCAGUAACUUUCCAACGCCUGGUGCUGCUUGUAACAAGAGAAGACAUGAAUCGGACUCGUCUCCACAGAAGAGGAAGAAGUACAGCUCCAGUCCCGACAGGAGCGUGACCUUGAGCUCGGAUAUGGACAUCGAGUCAGACCCAGGAACAUCUUAUAACAGCUCAGGAGACUUCCAGUUCCAGGCUCCACCUCCUCCUGGCUCUCCGUGCUUCAGCUCACCUCCUCCUCUACCCCAGGGCACCCCUCCUGCCACCCCCACACCCCCGCCCCUUCCCAAGGGCACCCCCCCGCUCACGCCCCCCACCAAUGGCUCACCUGCACUGAGGGGUCAGGGCUGGGUGACACUGGACCAGGAGGGGACAACUGAUGAGCUGAGCCUGGAAGAACUGGAGGAGCAGCAGAGACUGAUCUGGGCUGCUCUGGAGAAUGCAGAUACAGCUACCAACAGCGACUGCGAGACCCCCGCCAUCGGUACACCCACACCAAGUUCACCCAGUGUCUGCUCCUCAGCUCAAGUAGACAACGAGUUUUGAUGAAGUUGAAGAUGCCAGUCAAAAAGGGGCGAUGCCUCAGGACCAAUAAAAUCUCAAGGUGACCCCCCACAGACUCCAGGGCCAAUCAGAUUGCAGGAAGACACGCCCAAAAGUCCUGAACCAGUGAAAUUCCAAGAGUACACAAGUUUUAGGCUAAUUAAAAUGCAAGAUGAUAGUCCAGAUAGCCCGCUGAAUAUUCAAGAUGAUACUCCGCUAAGUCCUGAAGGAGAUGAAGUGGAUAAAAAACAUGCCAAUUCCACAUAGAAGUAAUUUUGCAGCGGGGAUUGUUCCAUUUGAGGAAACACCAGAAUUUAUGGAAGUGGCAGAGGCUACAGGAACGUACCUGAAGAUUAGAGAUUUACUCAAAAGCUCACCACGAAGUUUGUCCAAGAAAAAAUAGCGGAAAUUUUUUUU